UUGAAACGAACAGGGAAGGCGGGGGAAGAAAGAGGAAGCCGAAGGGUCUUCUACACCAAAAAGUCUCCGGAGCUAGCGCCGGGCUAUUCGCAGCGCCCCCGCUUUGAGACGCAGUCUUAGAAGCCGGCGCGGGGAAGGCGUCGUCGCUGGAGCUGAGACCAGGCGUCCAGAGUUCUCAGGGAUGAACCUCGAGUUGCUCGAGUCCUUUGGGCAGAAUUAUCCAGAGGAAGCUGAUGGAACUUUGGAUUGUAUCAGCAUGGCCCUGACUUGCACCUUUAACAGGUGGGGCACGCUGCUUGCAGUUGGCUGUAAUGAUGGCCGAAUUGUCAUCUGGGAUUUUUUGACAAGAGGCAUUGCUAAAAUAAUUAGUGCACAUAUCCAUCCAGUCUGUUCUUUAUGCUGGAGUCGAGAUGGUCAUAAGCUCGUGAGUGCUUCCACUGAUAACAUAGUGUCACAGUGGGAUGUUCUCUCAGGAGACUGCGACCAGAGGUUUCGGUUCCCUUCACCCAUCUUAAAAGUCCAGUAUCAUCCACGAGAUCAGAACAAGGUUCUCGUGUGUCCCAUGAAAUCUGCUCCUGUCAUGUUGACCCUUUCAGAUUCCAAACAUGUUGUUCUACCGGUAGACGAUGACUCGGACUUGAACGUGGUUGCAUCUUUUGAUAGGCGAGGGGAAUAUAUCUAUACAGGAAAUGCAAAAGGCAAGAUUUUGGUCUUAAAAACAGAUUCUCAAGAUCUUGUUGCUUCCUUCAGAGUAACAACUGGAACAAGCAAUACCACAGCCAUUAAGUCAAUAGAGUUUGCCCGGAAGGGGAGUUGCUUUUUAAUUAACACGGCAGAUCGAAUAAUCAGAGUUUAUGAUGGCAGGGAAAUCUUAACCUGUGGGAGAGAUGGAGAGCCUGAACCUAUGCAGAAGUUACAGGACUUGGUCAAUAGGACCCCGUGGAAGAAAUGCUGCUUCUCUGGGGAUGGGGAGUACAUAGUGGCCGGGUCAGCCCGGCAGCACGCCCUGUACAUUUGGGAGAAGAGCAUAGGCAACCUGGUGAAGAUCCUCCACGGGACGAGAGGAGAGCUCCUGCUGGAUGUGGCUUGGCAUCCUGUUCGACCCAUCAUAGCAUCUAUUUCUAGUGGAGUGGUAUCCAUCUGGGCACAGAAUCAAGUAGAAAACUGGAGUGCCUUUGCACCAGACUUCAAAGAGCUGGAUGAAAAUGUAGAGUACGAGGAAAGGGAAUCAGAGUUUGAUAUUGAAGAUGAAGAUAAGAGUGAGCCGGAGCAGACAGGGGCUGAUGCUGCUGAGGAUGAAGAAGUGGAUGUCACCAGUGUGGACCCUAUUGCUGCUUUCUGUAGCAGUGAUGAAGAGCUGGAAGAUUCAAAGGCUCUGUUGUAUUUACCCAUUGCCCCUGAGGUAGAAGACCCAGAAGAAAAUCCUUAUGGCCCCCCACCGGAUGCCGUCCAAACUUCCUUGAUAGACGAAGGGGCUAGUUCAGAGAAGAAGAGGCAGUCUUCCGCAGAUGGGUCCCAGCCACCUAAGAAGAAACCCAAAACAACCAAUAUAGAACUUCAAGGAGUUCCAAAUGAUGAAGUCCAUCCACUACUGGGUGUGAAGGGGGAUGGCAAAUCCAAGAAGAAGCAAGCAGGCCGGCCUAAAGGAUCAAAAGGUAAAGAGAAAGAUUCUCCAUUUAAACCGAAACUCUACAAAGGGGACAGAGGUUUGCCUCUGGAAGGAUCAGCGAAGGGUAAAGUGCAGGCGGAACUCAGCCAGCCCCUGACAGCAGGGGGAGCAAUCUCUGAACUGUUAUGAAGAUCCUUGAAGUGCUUCAGUCUUCCCCACUUUUCCAUCAUGUGGCCUCUGGACACUGUUCAGUCAUUUGAAAGUGACUUUAAUUUAAAGCAAAUGCCUCUGCUUCGCCCAGGAGGUGGAAGGAGUGAAUUUUAUGUUUGAAUGAAGAAGUGAAUUAUGAACGAAGAGUAUACGUCCCUUCCCUUUCAAGCAUAAGUCCAAAUAGGCUCUCAGGAAUGCGGAUUUGUGAAGACAUCACAUGGGCGUUUGACUCAUUUACACUUUAAUAUGAGUUAUGUUGCUGGAGAAAAGAUACUUGUUUUGCUCAUCUAAUCUCACUGUACCCCGCAUCAUUUUGACCUGUCUCCUACCUGCCUUCUAUCCUCAGUGCACGUCCUUGAGUAACUUGUUCUUAUCUGAAAUUCUGCUACCAGUAUCCUUGGAAAACUUCUGUUGCAUAUUCUUCCAUUUUGAAACUUAUCCUUUCGCCAGAUUCCUCCUGUAUUUCCAUAUUGUGUACAAAGGAUGGGCAAAGAAGAGAGCGCUUGAAACAUUUGACAUUUGUAGAAAGGGGAGAACGAUGAGAAAGGCCCCUCUUCCCAAUGGACCCCAUUUUGCUCAAGCUGGGCUGCAGGAGGGGUUUUUGUUUUCCUUUCACUGCAUGUUUCCCUCCAGUUUGGUUCAUUCGCAUUAAUCAUGUUUUGUGUGUGUGUGUAGUUUUUUUGUUUGUUUGUUUGUUUUUUUUAAGGUAGCUAGUUUCAUUUGUCUCCAGCAAAGAAUCAUCAGUAGUUUAUAUUGCUUCACUUGUGCUGGCUUCCAGAGAUGGAAACAAACCAAGGUGUCUCUAACAGGCCUUUUUUUUUUUUUUAUUGGGGUUGGGGAAUCUAUGCAAGAACUACAGUAAAACCACCCAAAAUCAAAGCAGCGGCCACAGUUCAAAUCACAGAUGAAGGAACAAAACUUUCUUAUCAUUGCUUGUGAAUAUCUGUCCUGUCAGUCAUCGCAUCUUCCCCUCCUUGUAUCCAAGCUCCUUUUCCUUAUGACAUGUUCCAGUCACUUCCUUUCUAUGAAAGGUUGCUUAGCUUUUAAAAAUUUUUUUACAUCUUG